AUGGAAAUUGAUCAGGUCCAGCCUGCGGUGCUUGAUUUAAAUAUCGCCGGUCAAUUGCUGCUAGUGACCCUACGUAAUCCAGAGAACAAAUCAAUUGAGUCUAUAAAAUGCUGGCUCAAAAACAAUCAUAAAAUCAAGUUAACACUGCAACAAGCCAAUGAAAGCGAACUGUUGCUGAAAGUUGAUCCGAAGUUCAUAAUGAGAGAUCAGUUCACAAUCGGCUGUUCGAUCAAUGACACAGUUGGUCCAACAUGUAAUGCACAUGGAAAUGUAAUCACCAUCUCUCUUGGUAGAGAAGCUGUUGUUACGUCAAAAGAAUGCCUAGAUGUGAGGGUUGAUCUGUUUUCUGUCGGAGGAAGACGACUGAAUUCCAGUCAUGAUCAAAAUCACAAAUCAUGGUCAUCUCAAAACCGUGAAAGUGUCUUAAUUGCUGAUCCAUUGAAGCCGGUUUCGCCGGUCGUCCAUAUACAGUCAUCGGGAGUAGCUCUUGCUUGCGAUCGUUACGUCAGUCUAAGUGUGAUAUCCCUUAGUGGAGUUGGAGGUCGAGCAGUGUCCUUCAAAUGGAUCACUCCGGAUUAUCUUGAUCCGGAGCUGAUCGAGCUACUCAACGCAACAAACGCUCGAAUAGUCCAAAUUCCUCGCGAUUGGAUAACGACGAAUUUCACAGUAGUAUGUGAGGUGUGUAAUUUUGUUGAGCGUUGCUCGAGAAGUAAUUCUUUACUGGUUUCGCGCAGUAACAAUUCACGGCAUCUAUCAGUUCAAGUUGAUGGUAUACCAGAACGACCAGUUUCAUCAGUUUCACUCAGACUGAAAGCUUCCAUUCAUUAUAGACGUUGUGAUCGUCUUGAACAGGGAUCGCUGCAUGAUUUCAGUUACAUUUGGCGUGUGAAUGGUGCAAUAAAGUGCAAGGAGUAUUUCUGUCAAAUUGCACAGUUCACAUUCAGUCCAAAUCAGCAAAUCAGUAUGCAAGUAUCGGUUUCUGGUAACCUUCUUGAUGGCUUCAAUUCAACAAUGAGUGCAACUUCAAAAUACAGCUUUACAGUUGAAGAAGAACCACUGAAUAUUGUAAUUGAUAGUUCGGAUCGUUGUGCGCCAAACGAUCAAUCGAUUGUGAUUGACGCAAGUCGGAGUCGAAAUCCUAAUUCCGUAACUGGGUAUGUUCAGCAUCAUUGGAGUUGUCUGAAUAUUUCGAAUAAUUCAUCUGCAUGUUCGAUAUCGGCUAUUUGGGAUAUUAGCUGGACUGACUCAAUUCUUCGUAUUCCAGCGUUUGCCUUAUACCCUUCAUUAUAUCGGUUCGUUGAUAAUGUGACAUCGGAUCAUUUGGUUGCCUUCGCCACAUCGGUAGUUGAAGUAAUGGCAGCCCCCGUCCCAUCAAUUACUUUAUCAACACUGUCCAGUCAAAGACCAAAUAUCGAUCAAUUUGUGAGAUUCAUCGCUGUGGUACAAUCCAAAAGUCGUCCGUUACAUUUCUUAUGGAGGAUGCAAGCAAACGAAUCGUGUUCUUUUGUUGAUCUGUCGGAAACUUUCCCGGACGCAGUUGGUGAAUUGAACGGUCCAGUUGCAAAUGGAGACAUACCCGUGAUGAUCACUUUUACAAUCCCACCAGCGAACAGACAAGUCUAUUCCACAUGGACCGGUCUUGCUCCCGGUGCACUUUACUGCCUUAUUUUCGAAGCAUCCAAUCCAGCAGGACAAUCAUUCAGUGAAAUUCUAUUCCAUACAAACGAACCUCCAGCAGUUGGCGUUCUUAACGUGGUACCAUCGCAAGGCAUUAUUGCACUAAAAACUGCUGUUACAUUUUCAAUCGGUGAUGGAUGGACUGAUGUUACCGAAGAUUUACCACUAUCAUAUUCCUUCGGUUUACGACGUAUCCAUGCGGACAGCGAAUAUUUUGAUAUUUGGGAAGGUUCUUCGACUCAGACAUCGACCACAGCUUAUUUUGCUUACGGUUACAAAGGUUUAGUGAAGGUUUGCGAUCGUCAUAAAGCAUGCAGUAUGACUGAAACUAAUUCCUUCGUUGUGAAACACCCUAAAGAUACUCCAGUCGCGUCUUCGCGCUUAAUCGAUUUGCUCGAAACUGACAUCUUAUCAGGCGACAUAUAUGGUGCACUGACGAAGCUGAGUGCAGUCUACUGGGAACGUUGCAACUCAGCAAUUGCGGAGACGUAUUCAGACGAUAUUGUCAUGAUGAUUAUCGAUAUUUUCGAUAACUACAGUGAUGCGACUGGUUUUUGGGAACAACUCACUUGGGCACUUUCAAUGGGUAGCAAGCUUUCAGAGCGAGUAGUCGAACGACUUUUUAGAUAUAUGGAACUCGCUCGUCUUAAAUAUGGCUUUUCGAUGGUGCAGUAUCGAAACAAGAGGCAAACAGAUGAUGAAAUGUCUGAACCAAAACUGCUCACAGAAGAGGAAGCAUCCCAAUUGAUGUAUCCAUUCGACUCUCUUGUUGCUGCAAAUCAGAACGUUAUCGGGAUGUAUCUCCAGAAUAUCCUUGACAUUCUGUCAUCGUUUUGUCGACAAGUUGAUCCAUCACGUAUAAUGAAAGCUCAAGCCCCGGAUUCAGCAGUUUUUGAAAUUUAG